AUGAGAGCGAAUUGGAGUGAGCUUCCGAGGGAGCUACUAUUAAUGAUCGGUAACAGCCUCGAUACUUGGAUCGAUGUUCUGCGAUUCCGCAGCGUCUGCAAUUCGUGGCGUUCGUCAAUCUCUCCAAUAUUUUAUCAAACGGAUCUUCCUCUACCUCUUAAAUUCCCUAUCCCGUAUUCCACCCCACAGGGACAACAGAUAUUCAUCUCAGAACAUACCGUCUACCGUCUAGAACCAAUCCAUGGAAACAAUAAUACAGACUCUUCAAAUUCAAAUUCAAUACUUGCCCAGCUUCCUCCGAAGGCAUUUUUGGUCAAGGUUGAAGAGAAUAAAAGUACAUUCCCCGCCAGUCAUAUUGUUGUUAACCACCCAGCUCCAGUUCCAAACGUUCUGAGUUUGUUAGAUUUCAAGAUGGUCAAGUUAGGCAAAUUUUAUGGACUCAGUUAUAUCAAUAUCGGUUGGUGCAUGAUCUGGAUAAGUAAAGUAAUUAAGUACCCUGAUACAGCAGCAUCCGCUUUCUCGGAAAAUUGUUCAGUUUUCGUAAUCUACAAUGGAGGAAAGCUGGGUUAUGUUAAGUGCGGAGAUAAAAGACUGACCUUGGAGGAUGGUCGAAUCAUUAAUGACUGCGACGACAUGGUUGUUUAUAAAGGGAAACUAUAUGUUGUGGACAAAUCUGGAACUGUUUCUUGGAUAGACGACUCGUCGUUGAAGCUGAUACGAUUUUCACCACCGCUGUUGGGUUCGGGAUGUGGUCGGAAAUAUUUAGUGGAGUCAUGUGGAGAGCUUUAUGUGGUUGAUAGGUACUUUGAAAAUGAUGAUGAACGAAAAAAGAUGCAAGAGCAAGGUCCUUCCAGUGGUACUCGCCGUAUUUUCACGUGUGGAGGUGGUCUUCCCCGUGGUGAACAUUAUAAAAGAAUGAGCCCGCUAGGCCAGGGCAAGAAGACAGUUGAUUUCAAGGUUUAUAAGAUUGAGGAAGAGGGGGGCAAUUGGGUGCAAGUGACCAACUUGGGUGACCGAGCUUUUGUAUUGAGUGAUGAUUACUCUUUUUCCGUUUCAGCUUAUGAGUUUGAUGGAUGCAAAGGGAGUUGUAUCUAUUUCAAAGAUCGAAUUGAUGCUUUGUUGUUCUCAUUUCGCCGGGAGGGUUGUAAUUUCUUCAACUUGGAGGAUCGUAGUAUUACUAAAUUUCGUUGGCCAGUUCCUUUUUGCUUCUCUAAUCCGCACAUCAACCGAAGGAUUUGGAUGUUGGACUACUUUAAUACCUCAAAAGAACUCAUCGAGUAAGUAUGUAUAUGUAGUAAAUAAUACCAAUGAAUAAUGGGUUGUAAAAAUCAACAAUUAAGUUCGUCUACACUCCAAUGCCUCAAAGCCAAGUCGAUGAAAUUCGUAUGGGAAGGGGGUGCAAAUAGAUUGUGGAUCUGCCCCUCUUUUUUUAUUGUUAUC